AUGAACAUCAACGCGAACGGCGGCAUCCUGUCGUAUGAGAAGAUGGAGGGGUACGCCCUCUGGGUGGCCACGGGCGUGGUGUCGGCCUUCUUUGUGUCCCUGGAGCGCUGCUCGUGCAUCCACCUCCACACCGCCGAGGAGGACGACGGCAGCGAUGACGAGGACCGCGACGAGGCCAAGGACCGCCCGCUCAUGUUCUCCAGCCCCAACACCCUCCCCGAGUACUACUACAGCCGGUCUGCGUCCUCCAUCUCCUUCACCAAGAUGUGA